CUACCAAGGGAGCUUCUCCUUUGAGAGAAAAAGUAGAAGCGGGACAAGUUAUUGCUUGCGGAUUCGAUUAUGAGGAUGCGAUUGUGGUUAACGAGCGUUUGAUUAAGGAAGAAAAAUUAACUUCUUUGUUUGCUAAAAAGUACGUGGUAAUUCGUAAGAGAUUAAAAAUUGAUAAAAAACCCAAAGAAGAAGAAUUUUAUCCUCGUCCGGAAAUCAGCCACCUGGACGAAGAAGGCAUUGUGAAACUAGGUUCAAUAGUGAGAGAGAAUGAUAUUCUAGUCAGCAAAAGAAUUCCUUACAAAAAGCAACAGGCUGAGGAAUUGCUGCUAGCCAGCAUCCUGGGUGAAGAGGCCUAUGCUUUUAUGGAUUCCUCUUUCCGAGGAAGCGGCACUUACAAAGAAGACGAUUUGGAAGUUGUUGAGAUAUGUGUAGCCCAAAAAAGAAGCAUUGAAGCCGGUGACAAGUUGACUACUAGGUUUGGAAACAAAGGAGUAGUGGGAAAAAUUGUGUCGGAAGAAGACAUGCCUUUUGAUGAAAAUGGUCAGACCAUAGAUAUUAUUUUUAAUUCUUUAAGUGUUCCUUCCCGAAUGAAUAUCGAACAAAUUGAAAGUAUUGCCCAAGAGAAUGGUUUGCCAGACUAUGGAUUAACUAAACUUUAUGACGGUCAAACUGGUUUGCCUUUCGACCAAAAAGUUCUAGUAGGUUACAUUUACACCAUUAAACUCAACCAUAUGGUAGCCGAUAAAUUUAAUGCUCGUAAUACUGGCCCUUAUGCCCUGGUUCACCAACAACCAGUCAAGGGAAGAAGCCAUGGUGGCCGACAACGUUUUGGAGAAAUGGAAAGACAAGCCGCCUUAGCCCAUGGGCUUUGUUACAAUUUGAAUGAAAUGUCUGGUGCCAAAUCUGAUGACAUUAAUGGACGAAAUUUAUUGCGUCGCUCUUUCUUAUUUAACGACCAACCCAUAGUUGACCUCCGUAGCAAUCAAAGCGAAUCCUUUAACCUGCUUCUCCAAUAUCUGCGGGGUAUUGGUUUUGACCUUCGAGCUUUUAACUACCAGGACAAGGAAGUUGAUUUUUACAAGCAGUUCAGCAAAAUCCCACAAAAUAGUAAAACCCUAAAUCCGAGCACUUUUGUUCCCGAAAAAGGAGGACCCUUUUGUCCGGAGAUUUUCGGUCCAGACGGAACCAACAUUCGCCGCUGGCGGAUGGCUCAUAUCUCCUUAGUUUGUCCGGUGACCAAUACUUCGAUUUUGAAGGGAAUUCUGCCUCAUUUGGAGCAAUUAUUAGGAGUUUCUGGCAAAACUAUUAAAGAUUUGAUUUAUUUUAACUCUUAUAUUGUCCUUGAUAAAGGAAAUUCAUCUGUCCUCCAAAACAAACAAAUUUUAUCUCACAAAGUAGAUCCGGAGCUGAUUAAUCAGGUUUUAGAAGAGAUUAUCCAGUCGGGAGAAGAUAAAGUUAAAAUUAAAGUGCUUAAAGAAGCCUGA